CACGCUCCUUUGGUCCCUCCCCCCAGCCUGGACGCCAGUGACCUGCACCAUGACCUCGCGCUUCCCCUGGCGCGCCCUGGGCUGCGGGGCAAGCGCCGCAUGGGCGCAGGUGUUUUCGGCGCGCUACCUGCGCGGGGACGUGGGCUCCGGGUCGGGCGUGGACGAAACCACCAGCGCGGAGUCCAAGAACGCCACGGCGGCAGCGUACUCCAAGGCCAAGCUUUUCCGUCGAGAUCCCUUCGCCUUGGAGCCGGCCCGGAAGGUAUGCGUGCUUAUCGGCAUGACAGGGGUGGGCAAGAGCGCCACAGCCAACACCCUGUGCGGCGCGAAGCGCGCCUUUGAGACGGGCUCCUCCGUGGUCUCGGUGACCGCCGCGGUACGGGUCCGGGACUACUCCUUCGCAGGCAGCCGCUGGCGGGUCAUCGACACCCCAGGCCUAGGCGACACCAACAAGUCCCACGAGGCCAUCCGGUCUGAGCUCCUGGAGACCUUCCGCUACGCGCCCCAUGGCAUUGCGGCCUUCGUGGUGGUGGUGCCCAAGGGCAGGUUCACCGCGGAGAUGGAGCAGCGGGUCCGGGAGGCGCUGGACAUCUUUGGGGGGCAGGCCAUCCGGCACACCAUGAUCGCGGUGACCCGGUCCCAGGCCGCGCCUGAAAAGCUGGUGGACGACAUCAUGCGCCUGCCGCAAGACCACACGCUGCGGCGGCUAUGCGAGCUGGUGAGCCAAAGGGUGCUGCCGAUCGAGAACGUGAAGGAGCCCGCUGUGGCAGUGUCUCGGCUGCUGCUGCACAGAGGCGUUGAUGAGUUGCUGGAGCUCAACAACGAGGAGAGGUUCCGAGGUCAGAGCUCCGGUCCGGGCCUUUCAGGGCCGGGCGCGGUUCGGGUGGCUUUGGAGGGCAUGCCCCACGUCCGCUGCUCCACCAAGUGGGCGGAGGAUGCCCCGCGGCUGGUGAUCACCUGUGACUUCUGAAGAAGGAAACUGGCAGUCGCCCGGCAACGGGUGCUUUCAUAUGGGGUCAAAGCAACA